ACCGGAGUUUGCAUAUUUGCUCAAAAGGCCACACCAGUUUUCUCGCCAUAAAAUCGAGCACAUCAUAAUCUCGAUGCAAUCUAAAUCCUCGUUUGAUCAUCUUCGCACUCUGAAUCUUCCAAAUGCCAAGCUUAUCAACCACCGGGGAACUCUACCGGGCCCGACCAUCUACCACACCUCCUAUGCACACAGAGCAAGACCAAGAGACCAACAUGGCCUCCUCAGUGACCCCAAUAGACAACCGCCCCACAAACAGGUUCGCCCUCCCUCGUGUCCUAGAGCGCGACGCUUGUGGGCUCGACUCAGACUACAGCUCGACCUCCAGCUCCAAUGCUCCCUCUUCCCCGGACUCGUCCUCGAACCAAGACUUCAUCUCGAGCGCCGUGACGUUGCGCCUUGCAAAGCUCGCGCGCAGACAGAGGUCGCUGCCCGCCCCGGUCACCAUGACGCGGCACACUGCCCGUCAAUCUCUGUGCAGCAUGCCGCUACUUCUAGUUGUGAUGGGGAGCCUCUUGAUCAUGGUGACGUCGGCGGUUACUAUUGUGACCUUGAUCCGAUUGGCGAAGAAGAUGCAGUGAUAGGGGGCCGUGCCCGAUCGGGGUUAAAGAUGUGCGUUUUGUAUUAUCGACGGCCGACACCCCUUCGGUCGGGGUGUGAACGGGGGCGACUUCUGUUUGGGACCCAAGAGGACGUGGCUGGCCCUAAGGGGAUUGCUUACGAGUGAGAUGAUGGGCGCAGUGUUUAUCUAAAUU